AUGGAGACGCGGAGACAUCCACCGAAGUUUCGCACCUUGGAAAGCUAGGGACGCUUCUGCAUCUCCAGCACAGCGCCACCUCCGCGCAGGGGAAGGGCCCCCAAGCCAUUCCUUCCACCUCCUCACACUUGGUGGGGGAGUGCUGAGAACCACUAUCCUUGGUGGUCUUCUUUUUGUGUUGUCUGCAAGGAGAAAGAGGACGAGGGACAAUCUGGUGCUGGGGAGUUGACCUCCAGCUCUGCGGGCCUCCGGAGAGAUCGGGCCGAAGAGGAGUGGCCGGGGCUGGGGACUCCAUGCGGGGCAAUGGACACAGCGGCGCUCCUGGCCCUGCCCCGCCUGUGCGCGCUGUGGGCGGCCCUGCUCGCGCUGUUCCCCUGCGGAGCCCAAGGAAACUGGAUGUGGUUGGGCAUCGCCUCCUUUGGGGUUCCGGAAAAGUUGGGUUGCGCCAACUUGCCACUGAACAGCCGCCAGAAGGAGCUGUGCAAGAGGAAACCGUACCUGCUGCCCAGCAUCCGCGAGGGCGCCCGGCUGGGCAUCCAGGAGUGCAGGAGCCAGUUCAAGCACGAGCGAUGGAACUGCGUGGUCUCUGCCGCAGGGCCCGCGCUUGGCACCAGUCCCCUCUUUGGCUACGAGCUGAGCAGUGGCACCAAGGAGACAGCAUUUAUUUAUGCUGUGAUGGCUGCAGGCUUGGUCCACUCUGUGACCAGGUCGUGCAGUGCCGGCAAUAUGACAGAAUGCUCCUGCGACACCACCUUGCAGAAUGGUGGCUCCACAAGUGAAGGCUGGCACUGGGGGGGCUGCUCCGAUGAUGUCCAGUAUGGCAUGUGGUUCAGCAGAAAGUUCCUGGAUUUGCCUAUCAGAAACACUACGGAAAAAGACAGCAAAGUACUGUCAGCAAUGAAUCUACAUAAUAAUGAAGCUGGAAGGCAGGCUGUUGCCAAGUUGAUGUCAGUAGACUGCCGCUGCCAUGGAGUUUCUGGUUCCUGUGCUGUGAAAACGUGCUGGAAAACUCUAUCUUCUUUUGAAAAGAUUGGCCAUUUGCUAAAAGAUAAAUAUGAAAAUAGUAUCCAGAUAUCAGACAAAAUAAAGAGAAAAAUGCGAAGGAAAGAAAAAGAUCAGAGGAAAAUACCAAUCCCCAAGGAUGACCUACUCUAUGUUAACAAGUCUCCCAACUACUGCGUGGAGGAUAAAAAACUGGGAAUCCCAGGGACACAAGGCAGGGAAUGCAACCGAACAUCAGAAGGUGCAGAUGGCUGCAACCUCCUCUGCUGUGGCCGAGGCUACAACACCCAUGUGGUCAGGCACGUGGAAAGGUGUGAGUGUAAGUUUAUCUGGUGCUGCUAUGUCCGCUGCAGGAGGUGUGAAAGCAUGACAGAUGUCCACACUUGUAAGUAGCCACUCCAUCCAGCCUGGAACAACAUUCCUCAGCAACAUGAUGGGAUUACAAGCCAGAGGAUGCCUCUUAUUAUGCAGGGCUUGGGAAGAUGAUUCUUGUAUUGGAAUUUCCAGAUCCUUGGCCCAUUUGAGGUUUGCUUUACCUGAGUGACAGCCAAUCACACAUCAAUCCUGCAGGUUUCUUGGGAUUCUAGCAUUGAAAAGGUUUCCAUUCAUCUUUGGAUGAUUUGGAGGAUAUAGAAGGAGGAUAUAAGGAAGAUAUAUAUAUCUUAUAUAAGAUAUAAGGAAGAUAUAAAAAGACAUAUAAGGAAGAUAAAUCCUUUUGCUAAGGAAGAAAGAACAGGAAAGAGCCCUCUUGCUGGAGACUUGGUCAUACUCAGGAUAAGAUCCUCAACUAUGUAUCUCAGUUAGGAAAAUCAAUAAUGGUGGAUGAAUAUUUGUCAUUUUUUAAAGGCACCUCUUAUGGCAGCAAGGAACAUAAAUAUGAAUCUCAUUUAGUCUCAGUAUUUUAAUUGAAAAAAUUACAGGACGUUUUUGUGCAUGGGCAGAUGCUGAAAAGUUGAUCUGAGUGGUGGGUGCCUGCCCUUUCAUGCACAUCAAAAGAACAAUGGAAAAGAACCUUCAUAAGUCAUACUGUAACCCUAAAAAGUAGUCAGUAGAGCUGUGUAGUGACAAAAAAGAAUCAAAAUGUAGAAAUUAAAAUGAAUUGGAUUUUAGGUGCCUUCUAACCAGUAGAAUUUGCCUAGAAAAACCUCCAUAAGGUAUAUAGCAAUCUCUGGAUACAUAUUUUUAUUUUAGGCCAGUGUUCACUGUUAAAAAUUUAGCUCUAAGGUACUGAGGGAGUGAAACCCUGAAAAUAUGUGGGAAAAGUGAGAUAAAAAUAUAAAGGGCUCUCAUACAUUAUAAAGAAAAUAUCCUUGAAAUGUGUAAGACAGUAUUUUGUACAAUAUUUUGCUUAAAAGAUUUAUAUUUUGUAAAUAUAGUAUUUAAGUUAUAUGUCAUAUAUUAAGACUUAAGACAUUUAUUGCCAAAGUCCAAGAGCUAAGGUAAUAAGAUUAUUUCAAAAAUAAGAUUGGCCUCUUUUUUUUUUCAUGAUUAACUCUGACUUUUUUAAUAUUGAAAACGAAGGUAAGUAAUUGAGCAAUUAGCUAUAUGGAUGUGUAUUUCUUGCCCAAAUGACAGUUUUAUGUGUUAUAGAUUAAAAUGUGUUGCAAAAUAUUGAGAAGUGUGUUAUUUCAGUAGCCAGAUUAAUUAAAUUCUUUUUUCACAUUAGUUAUUAAUUCAUAAGGUUAUUAUAAUAAAUUAUAUAGUAGAAGUCCUAACUGGAAAAAGAAUUUAAAUCAGAUUAAUGAUCAAUUUGUGGAUUUGAUAUUCUGGAUAUUUAUUAUAUUGUAUGCAAUGCUGAAUUUCCAUUUGAAUGUAGAGUGGUUUUUCUUGCUUUAAUAUUCAUGCAUGUAUAUUCACCAUAUUUUACACAGUCCCUGGUGAAAAUUACAGGGCUGUAUUAAGGUUGUAUUUUAAUGUAAAUGCCUAUGUUUUAUGCUUUGUUAAAUAUUUCAGUAUUAUAUAGAAAAAUUGAUUUUUAUGUUCAAAGUAGACAAAGAAAGGCUAUUCUUUUUCUUAAUAAGAUAAAGAAAUAUUUCCCUGCCCCAAUCUAUUUCCCAGUCUAUUUUCUUUAAUUUUAUUUACCAAUUUGUGAAAAAGUAAACGAGUUGACAAUGUCUCAGUUCUAAUAUUAAAAUCAAGACCGAACUUUUGAGUGUGAUCCUUAAAAUUAAAGUAAGUUACUACUAAAUGAGAGGCUUAGAAAUGGCCAGGGAACAAAUUUAACAGUACUUAAAGUGGUUUUACAUUCUUUAGUAUCUGCUGAGUAAAGUAACAUGAAAAAAAUACUCUCAUGCCUUUUUUGCAAAGGUGAUCAUUUUAUCUUCAUUGAAAAUAAGCACCUUUAAAAAGAAGGCUGCAAUAUCCACUAGUGACUAAAAACAUCUUCAUAAUUGCCUUAAUUGACUGUGAGAACCAGGAAGCCUCUAUUUUAUAAAUAUCUGCUAUUCAGUCCUUCCUUUGAAAACAUGUUAACUCAGGCUCUUUUUCAUAUGCUGAUCAAGAACUCCUCCUACAGUAACUGUCAAGCUGUGUCUUUGAGUUCUUUUCUUUCUCAUCUUUGACAUCAGGGUAGAAGUCAACCUUGAGUUUCCUACCUAUCUUACUAACCACCUGGCACUGGCCAUUUCCUUCACUCCCAGUCAUCACAGAGUAACAUCGUGGCGCUCAUAGGGGCACAAUUCUGGGGUGAAAGAUUCCUGUCUAGUCUAUGCUAUUUUGCCUGAAUGAGGUAAGGUUUUAUUGCUGCAAGUAACAGAAUCCAGACUACUCAAGACAUUAAAGAAAUGUACUCUGUGACUGAAAACUUUAGAAUUGUAGCAGUUUCAUGUGAAACUGAUCUAUAAACUCACAGCUAGUUCCUUAGUUCCAGAGUCUCUCCACUUUAGACUGGCUUUUGGCAUUGUCCCUCACUUUAGGCUCUAGGACAUGCUGUACCUCCCCCCAUCUACCACCUUCCUGCUAUCCCCCGCUCAUUCCUAGCAGCCCUAGGUUCUCUGUUUUUCUUAGCAACAUGACUGCCACAAUUCCAGACCUCACAUUCUCCUCCCACUCAUUCUAAGGAAAUAAAAGUUUCAUUCUAGGGAAAGGCAGAGGCUCUUUUCUGAUUGCCUACCUAGGAAAAGAGCAAUUUUCCUUCCCAGAAGGCCCAGCAGAGGUCAUCUGAGUAACUGGGUCUGAUUGGUCAAAUGUGCUUAUUGUUGAACCAAAAUGAUUUAUUGGGGGUGGGCAGCAGGCACACUGAUCUGUCUACUGGCAAUUUUGGCUCUAGUGGGAGCCACUGGGGGUUCACACCAACUAAAACUACACAGGUUGACAAUAAGGUGGGGGGAGAAUCUGUAGAGGAAAAUCUAGACUGCUAUGUUACCAGUGAAGUGUAACUGAAUGGUGGGCAUCAAGACAUUACGUGUUCCAGUUCUAGUGAUUUUAGUAAAAAUCUAGUGAUUUUUAGGGGUCAGUUUCUGGCAUGACAUAGAACUCAUCACCAGUCAAAGCAAGCCCAAAGCAGUGUAAAUUAUUAUGUGGGUAUGAAGUGCCUUGAUUUGUUUAAAUAUCUUUUCAUAUUAAAAAGGAAGGAGAGGUGCCUCCAGUGUGUUGUUUUUCAACUUUUUGUUUAUUUGGAAAUGUCCAAUAGAGGCAGUGAUAAGAUGCAAUGACUCAUGUUAAGGUAAAAUCAGGAAAAAUGCAUCAAAUGAUAUUAUCUGUAACCUCUGGAUAAGGAAGUUGACUAAAGCCUUCCUCUUAUAGUAGUACUUUAACAACAUUAAGGACACAUAACCUUUUUGAAUAUAAACAACUGCAUUAUUUCCUAAUUUGGUUUAUGGUUGUUUUGAAUUGUAUUUUAAGGAACUACGAUAAUUAUGCCAAGAAAUUUUCAUUAUAUAUGUUUAGAUACCAUGAGUUUAUGUUUCUGCAGUUUGGGGAUCACAUGAUAUCCACAGUAUUUUUAAACACAUUAAUUUUUUUUGUUUUUGUAUUAAAUUCUUUUAUUGGUACAUUGUAGGUAUACAACAC